UGUUCAUUCUGCUGCCAAGAAACAAGUCAAACAGGUGGAAGAGCAGGGUGAGAGGCAAACCACAAGCAAGAGAAAGACAAGACAUGCAGUCACGGCAUCCGCGAGAUCCGACUAAUUUUUUAACUCUGCCCUGAUUCUAUUACUGAAAGCAUGGACGUGUCAACAAAAAGGAUUGUGGUCUUGGGAAAAACUGGAGCUGGGAAGAGCAGCUUCGCCAACACCAUAUUCGGAGAGACCGUGUUCGAGGUAAACCACACACCUGAAUCCGGAACAAGUAGAUGUAAAGCAGAAACCAGAUCUGUCAACGGGAGAGGCAUCAUGUGGAUCGACACCCCUGGGUUUUUCGACACAGGGAGGUCCGAGGAGAAGAUGAAGACAGAGAUAGUGAGGUGCAUCACAGAGUGCGCUCCUGGGCCUCAUGUUUUUCUCAUUGUGCUCAAAGUGGAGAAAUUCACCGAGCAGGAGCAGGACGUCAUUAAAACACUGCACCAGUACUUCUCUGAAAAAGCUUUGAAAUACGCCGCAGUUCUCUUUACUCAUGGUGACCAGCUCCUCGAGGGAGACACCAUCGAGACAUUUGUCCAACAAAGCAAAGGUCUGAAUGAUCUUGUGAGGAAGUGCGGAGACCGGUGCCACGUCAUUGAUAACAAAUACUGGAAGAACAACCAGCAGAGUGAAUACAGGAGCAACCAGUUCCAGGUAGCAGAGCUGCUCAAGACAAUAGACAAGAUGAUUGAGGCAAACGAAGGAAGCUGCUAUACCAAUGAGAUGUUGCAAGCGUGGCAGCGACAAUUACAACAAGAGGAGGAUCGCCUGAGACAAUCAGCUGCAAACAUGUCAAAAGAGGAGGUCACACAGCAGGCGAAAGCCAGCGUCUUUGGAAAGCAGUUGCUUAAAGUCACAGGUGUUACAACAGGUGCACUGCUGGGAGCUUUCCUCGGUGGGGCAGUGAAAUUAAUGAAAGAAGAAGGAUCAACAGUGGCAUUAGCAGUAGGAGUAGUAAUAGGAACAGCAGCAGGAAUAGCAGCAGGCGUAAAUGUAACAGAGGGAGCAACUGCAGAGGCAGCAGCAGCAGCAGCAGCAGCAGCGCAGACAGCUGAGGAGCAUCAAGAGCAACAGCCAGGAAACAAGUCAGACAAGUCAAGAAACAAAGCAAGAGGCGAGUCAGAGCAGCAGAACAAGAGACAAGACUCCCGGUCGAGACGUCCUGUGGAUCUAAAGAGUCCUUUUGACAGCAUGGCCGUGCCAAACACAAGGAGGAUUGUCCUGGUAGGAAAAACUGGAGUCGGAAAGAGCAGCCUGGCUAACACCAUAUUUGGAGAGACCAAAUUCCAAAUAAACCACUGUAAUGACUUGCAAACGCGUCGUUCUCAAGCUGAAACCAAAUUCGUCAAUGGAAGAAGCAUCACUUUGAUCGACACUCCUGGUAUCUUCGACCCAGACAGGUCUACGGACGAGAUGAAGCCUGAGAUGGCAAGGUGUAUCACAGAGUGCGCUCCUGGGCCUCAUGCUUUUCUCAUUGUGCUUAAAGUGGAGAAAUUCACUGAGCAGGAGCAGGCUGUCAUCACACAAAUGUGUGAAUAUUUCUCUGAGGAUGCUCUAAAAUAUGCUGCUGUUGUUUUCACACAUGGCGACCAGCUCCUGGAAGGAAUGAAAAUUCAGGAGUAUGUCGAUCAAAGCGUGGGUCUGAGGGAUCUGAUGAAGAAGUGCAGUGGCCGCUGCCACGUUGUUGAUAAUAAAUACUGGAAGAACAACCAGUGGGAUGAAUACAGGAGCAACCAGGCACAGGUGGCAGAGCUGCUCGACACCGUAGACAAGAUAGUGAUGGAGAACAAUGGAGGAUACUACACUAAUAAGAUGCUAGAAGAAGUGGAGGGAGCAAUAAAGAAAGAGGAAGAGCGCAUCAGACAGUCAUCAGGACAUACAUCACAAGAGGAGAUCAGAAAAUGGGCUAAAAGCAACGUCUUGAAGAAGCAGGUGGACGAUGCAGCACCAACGUGGAUCAAAGGGUUAGUGGGCUUCGCGUUCAUAGCUGGAUUACUCGCAACGCUCUCAGCUGUGGUGAUCAAGUCAAAAUGGGCAACAACAGAAGCACCGCUUGACAAAGAAUUAAUGGCAGCGACAGUGGCAGCAGUGGCAGGACACCAAAUAGCUGAGACAGUCGGGCCAAUAGGAGACGUUGUCGAGGACUUGAACACACCAGCAGUGGAAAUCCAGGAGACCUUUGAAGCCAUCUUGAACAAAGUUUACGCUUUGUUUGACAGCACAUACAAUCCCUGGAAUCCAUUUCAAUGAAUGUGGAGGAAACAGAAGACAUCAGAAUAGAGGCUGACAUUGACAUGUCAAGUAUUGCAAUCAUCAAUCUCCAAUAAGACUAUGUUCAUGAAGCUAUAGAGUUGAAUUGUUGAAGGUUAAUUUAUGUGUCCACUUUAAAAUACUGAGUAAAUAAAAGGUGAACAUCUCAAAAAUGGGUGGUUCUAACAAACUUAAUGUGAUUCAUGAGCUUUAAUUUAGAAGUGGUUGUUGGGUUGGGUCUCUCCAAGACAACAUGUCAUGUUUUGAUGGGGCAUGCCACCAAUUUUACACUUGAGACUACAUUACAGUUUGUAAUGAGGCAUGGGGUUAUAAAAGAACGAGGGAAGGAGGAUCUACAAUGAAAGACAGGCGCAUUAUGGGAUUGUGAGAUUCAGCUAUAUCUUGGAGCUUGCUUCAUUACUUAUGGAGUGUUAGAGUAGGAAUAUCUCUGCCUCUGCUUUGAUUUUGACCACUUUUAUUCCAAGUUGAUUUUUUUUAUAUGUCAUUUUCAUUCAUUUGUGUUGCUUUGUUAUAAAUGUGUUGUGCAACAAUAAAACAGCUGAUUGGUCACAUGUCUUUUUGGUUUUUCACAUUCACUUGCUUGCAUGCUAUUAAAGAUUAGACAUACUGUCUUCAGCUGUUUUCAUUUGAGUGCGUGUCAGAAAGGAUGAGCAAAUGAUCACGUCCUGUUUUAUUUAUGUUGUAGCCUCAGAACUAUUUAGGAAUCAGGCUUUUUUGUUUCCAUGACAGAAGUAUCUGUCAACCGGUCAAACACAGGUCUUAUUGUUUUCGUUCUGUUUACUUGUACACUUGAUUCCCUGAAAUCAUGUAUAUGCUGCCAAUAAAAACAACAAAACAAAAGCCUUGUUCGGUCUCACCAAGAGACAAAACACUCCACCCUGAAAAGGUAUGAAGAGUCAUA